AUGGGUCGCGUUAGAACCAAGACAGUCAAGAGGUCCGCCAAGGUCAUCAUCGAGCGCUACUACCCCAAGUUGACGCUCGACUUCGAGACCAACAAGCGUCUUUGCGAUGAGAUCGCUAUCAUUGCCUCCAAGCGUCUUCGCAACAAGAUCGCUGGUUACACCACCCACCUUAUGAAGCGUAUCCAGCGUGGCCCUGUCCGCGGUAUCUCUUUCAAGCUGCAGGAGGAGGAGCGUGAGCGCAAGGAUCAGUACGUUCCUGAGGUCUCCGCUCUGGAUGUUUCCCAGACCGAGUCCGGCCAGCUCGAUGUCGAUGCCGACACCAAGGACCUCCUCAAGUCCAUGGGCUUCGACAACCUCAAGGUCAACGUUAUCAACGUCUCCCAGCAGCAGGUCCAGGAGCGCCCCCGCCGCUUCCGGUAG